AUGGUUCAUAUACAAAAAUGGUAUGCAGUACGUAUCACAUUUCUAACGACGACUACACUACACCAGUACCCGGCCGAGUUCGUCAAGACUCGCCGCCAGCUAUACUUCAAGCCCUCCGAUGGCGCGGCGACGCCAUUCCAUCCGCCCAGCUCCCUCUCCAUCCUCCGCGACACCGUCCGCCGCUCCGGCGUGAGGGGAAUCUACUCUGGCGUCCAGGCGCUCGCGACGUCCAACGCCGCAAAGUCCGGUAUCCGGUUCCUCGCUUUCGAGACGACUCGCGCGAAGCUAGACGCCUUGGCCAGCACGGAGUCCGACCCCGACGCGGGCCAUGGAAAACGACAGCCGCGUGCGGCGUGGAUCAACGUCGUGAGCGGCCUCAGCGCCGGCGUGGCGGAGAGCAUCGCCGUCGUCACGCCCGGCGAGGCAAUCAAGACCAAAAUGAUCCACGAUGCAUCCUCCUCCACCGGCGGCCGGUUCGCGAACCGCGGGCUGCUCGGCGCCGUCGGCGUGCUGGUCCGCGAAGAGGGCGUAAGAGGCCUGUGGAGCGGCCUGACGCCGGUGCUGUGCAAGCAGGGCACCAACAGCGCGGUGCGGUUCACGACAUUUGCGAUGCUUCAGGAGCGGGUUGCGAUGUGGCGGCCCAUGCUUGACGGGAGCAUCGGGAGCACGCUUGUUCUGGGCGGGAUCAGUGGCGUUUUUUACGGUGUGUCUAGGUAUGCGUCGAUGCCAUUUGAUAACAUCAAGACUAGGAUGCAGAGCGUCGACGCGCGGUACAAGGGUAUGCUGGACUGCGCCGCGCAGACGCUUCGCGAGGAUGGCGUGCUGGCGUUGUGGAGAGGCACGUCGCCGAGACUGGUCCGGCUGACUCUCUCGAGCGGCAUCACGUUCACGGUCUAUGAUCAGGUGGUGCGAUUGAUGAAGUCGGCCCGAGCAGGCCGCGACGCCGGCAAUAUACAGCGCCUGUAA